UAGUUUUUGCACGUGACGCCAAUUUCCCGCCUUUGGAUGGCGAUUUUCAGUCCCUCCGUGGAAAUCAAGUGAAAGGUGUCUCGAGAUGGGUCAACUCCGAAGGACCUGUCAUCGAGUUUAAAGUAAGACAACAUGCAGACAACACUGCCGUGCGAUGGUUACGGGGUUUGGCUCGCGCUGAUAGUCCGCGAGAGGGACGGGCAGGAAUGACAACUUUCCUAUCUCUGCACGAGAGUGGCCAUUCGCAGCCUUCAACAGCAUCUCGCUUCGUGACGAUGCGGCAGACUUGCGGAGAGAUUGUAAAUCCCUGGAAAGGACAAGACAAAAACAGCACAAUGAAAGCCUUUCAGUGCAUCCUGCUACUCUUCAGCUGCCAGUUUCUUUAUACUCUAGCUUUAGAGUGUGAAGUGAUUCCUGGUAACCUGAAGCAGAUCGACGCUGGAUUAGGCUUAGUGGGUGGAGUCAAUAAUGACAGUGAAGUCUUCCUAUUUCUGGGAAACAGUUUUGUAAAAAUAAGUGGAUCACUGAAGCAUUUUACUGUUGGACCUGCUGGAGAGUUUGGAGUGAGUCCAGCAAACAUCCUCUUCAAGUUUCAGAGCGGAAGCUUCAGGCAGAUUCAAGGAAGUUUCAAACAGGUGGAUGCUGGAAGUGAGAUUGUUGCAGGUGUUAAUCCAAUAGAUGAUGUCUCCUGCAUUAAUAGGGAUACUAAUAACAAUGGACCCCCUGCAAAUUUAGUUUGGACACAACUCACAGGAAGGCUGAAGUACUACAGCUGUGGCCCGUACAGCUGUUGGGGAGUGAACUUUACAGAUAAUGUCUUCCUCAAAAAGAAUGUGACGGGUUCUGCCUGUGGAGGGUCAAGUUUUUCGGAUAUUAUUAAUGGAACUCUGUCUAUGGUCGAAGUAGCAACUGAUGGGAGUGUCUAUGGUGUCAACUUUCAGGGGUCUUUGUUGCAAAGACUCGGAGUCUCUCCAUCAAAUCCUGCUGGCACAGGAUGGCAAGGGAUUGUUGUCUGUCCCAACAGCCACAAACAUGUGACCUACGAUCUGGGGAGGCUGUGGGUCAUCUGUGGUGAUGGAUCCAUCAGAAGAUGUACUUGAUGAAGAUGUCCAUCAUGCAUCUCAGAGGAACCCAAUGAUCAUUAAACUCAGAAAACUGAAAAUAAAGCUUGUUUUUACUAUUUUUCUUUUCUUUGCUGUUUAGUCAAUGAAAGUUGAGUUUUGUUUUUUUGCUUAUUGAAGUUAGAUGUAUAAAGUUUUG